CACUGAGUGCCGCUGGAGCCGCUCCUGCCAGCCACUACGCGACGAGAACCGACCGCCGGACAGCCUCAGAGAGUGAUUAGCUUCCUUCGGUACCUAGGGGCACAAAGCCGGGCAGCCCACGCACUCCCGGGAGAGGCAGCACCUCCAGCGCCUAGGGACCCAAAGCUCAGCUCGGAGCGCCGACGGGCUGCCCACACACUUCCAGAGGAGCGCCGGGCGCGGGGCAGCACGCCGACGAUGCGGCGCCUCGCCUGCGUCGUCGCCGCCCUCGCGCGCGCGACGAAGGAGUACGAGGAGAGCUUCGCAGAGGACCUCUUCGGGAAUUUGGAGCUCUACGAGCAGGCGGCGCUGAACGGCGACUUGACGAACGCCGAGGCGCGACGAGCCCGAUUGGUCGAGGACCUCGACGCGCGCUGGGCCGCGACGGAAGGGAACAACCCCAAUAAAGUGGUUCCUGAGCUCUGGGACGAACGAGUGGAUGACGGCUGGUUCGACGAGCCGCCGCCCGUCGACGAGUCGAUCUGGAUCCCCAACCGUCAUGGUAUCGAGGAGUCGGACGAGGUGCGAUGCAAGCUCGACUGCCACGCGCCGUCGUGCGCGCGGAUCGGCAUGGACGUGACGCAGGAACGUAGUUGUAAGUGGGGCAAGUGGAAACCAACCGUCUUCAACGGCGCAUCCAAUGAAGGGGGCCCGUCGGCGCCGCUCGGGCGGACGAACAAGGAGCCGUGCCAGCAUUCCGGCUAUUUCCCCUUGUACUGCUCGCGGACCUGGGCCCAGGCGCAGUCUCCUUCCGGUAAAGCGUACGCCGCCGCGGGCACGAGUCAUUUGUUCGCGCCGGCUGGUUUAGACGAGCAGGAUGUCUUCGAGGGCGGCUAUUCGGGCGACGCCGAGCGCUGCGAGAAGCAGUGCAUGCUGACCGUGACGCAGACGCCGGACACGCGGCCGAUCAUCUCUGAUGUACCGUUCAACAUCAGCAACGUCACGGAUGCCUCAGCCAAAAAGCACAACGCCACGUGGGUCGCUGAGCAAGAUGCGGAGCGGGAGGAGCACCACCGCAUCGCCGUGGAGGCCGAGGCGAAGGUCCGGGCUCGUGCGGAAGAGGAGAAGAGGAAGGAGAAAGAGGCCAAAGCGAAAGCUCUGAAGGUCGAGCAAGAAGUGAAGGAGCAGCGGCGGUUGCUGGCCGAAGCGGAAGAGGCCGCGCGCCAGCAUGCUCUGAAGCAAGAGAAGGCUAAAGCUAGAGAGAAGGCUGAAGCCGAGGCGGCCCGAGUCGCCCAGGCGAAGCGCGAGAAGGAACGCGCGCGCGUCGCGGCCGAGGCCGCGGCGGCGGCCGAAGUCAAGAAGGCCGCCGAAGAAGCUGCAAGCGAGAAGAAGAAGCUGCAAGCGCAGCGCUUGGCCGAAGCGGCUGAGAAAGCCAAAGCUGCCGAGAAGCAGCGCCUCGCGGAGAACGCGCGACGAGCCGCUGCGGAACAGGCCUUACUUGCGAAGGAAGCCGAACGCAAGAAGAAGCGGGAAGCCGCACGCCUCGCAGCUGAAAAACAGGCAGCAGCAGAGGCAGCGGAGGCCAAGCGCCUCACCGAGGAGGCCAAGGUAAACGCGACGCGAAAAGCCGAGGCGGACCGCGCGCUCGCGGCCGAGAAAGUCGCCCAGGCGGAGGCGGCCCAUUCCGAGACCGCAAAACGGAGAUCCGCGCGAGCUGCUGCCGGAAAAUCACCCCAGGCGAAGCGCGUCGAGCGCGCGGAAGCCGAGGCGAUCAGGACCGCGAACGCGAAACUCGAGGCCCUCAAGACCGCGGGCCAUACGAUCAAAAAAUCCCAGGCCGGCGGGAAAUGUGGAGUUGAUGACGAUUGCGUGUCGCCGCUGCAGUGCAGCAAGGGCGACAAGGAGCCCUACCCCACGUGCAAGAAGAAGCGAUAACGUUCCUUGAAAGAUAGUUAGAAGUAUAGUUCGGUACUCCGGGGCAGGAAUGCCGUCGCGCGCACGCCGUCG